GCCAGUACGGGGUUGGCCGGCGGGGUCAGUGUACGGUGUCUCUGUGUCUCCGCUCCGAACUAUGGAAUAUACCUGAAGAACUGCGCGUUAUUCCGAGGGCAAUGGGAGGUGGUACAGCACAGCCCGGCGCCACCCAGGGAGGAGCAGCAGACACCCCGCAUCCCACCACCACCACCACCAACACCACCUCCACCGCCAUCGCCAUCGCCAGUAGCCUCAGUGCCCUUGCUGGGGGGGACUUGUGACGAGGGGGGCGCCCCAGUGUGUUUGAUUAAUCCCCACCACCACCACCACCACCACCACUACUGUUACUACUCCUCAUGUGCCUUCAUCCACGCCCGACGCUUUGCUCACCAUCCGUCACCACCGCCACCGUCACCACCACCGCCGCCGCCGCCGCAGCCACCGUCACAGUUAACACCACCAGUCCCGCGCGACGCUGAAUCAAUAGCAGUGUAUUUGUUUGUUCCUCUUCCUGAUCUUGAUAGUGAAAAAAGAGAGUUUGAGCAGCAGUUUCCGUGCGUCUCUCAGUCAGUCAUUCAGUCAGUCAGUAGUCGUUGGUUGGCGUGAGUCGGCCUGCUGGCGUGGUGGGGCGGUGACCAGUGUACGGGUGUUGCGCCGCGGGUUGGUUGGUGUGGUAGUGCUGGUGUGGUGCUGUGAUCGGUGACUGUGGUGGCGCUGCGUCACGUGGCUGCUUCGGAUCAGCCGCCCUUGGGAGAUGUCCGGCAGGUGACGUGCCCUUCCGCCUGCGCUGCCCACCACCCUGCCCGCCGCCCAUCCAUCCACCCCGGCCUCACAUGGCGCCUUAAGUGAAACCAGUUCUUCCGUGCAUGCGUGCGUGAGUGUGUUGACAGUAUUAGCUAAGGACACCACUCCCUCCCGAUGAUGGGUGACGGGCAGGAGGAUGCGGGGGGAGGAGGAGGAGGAGGGGGAGGAGAAACUAGUAGUGGCGGAGGAGGAGGGGGAGGAGGAGGAGGAGGUGGUAGUGGUGGUGAAGAAAAGGGAACAGUGGACCUCCUACCAACCGCCUCUGCCGUGGCGAGCACCAGCAGCAUCGUUGGGGACAGCGCCGCGGAGCACCGCCUGCAGGAGCUGGAGCGGCUGUUCCUGGCCGGCCCUGGCGAGGGGGCCGGCCAGUCCUUCUCUGUGGAGACGCUGCUGGACGUGCUGCUCGUGCUCUUCGACGAGUGCACCAACUCCUCCCUCCGCCGAGAGAAGACCGUCUCGGACUUCAUCGAAUUCGUGAAGCCAGUGGUGCAACGGGUGAAGGCGCUGAGACUGACGCGGGAUGACUUUGAGGUGAUCAAGGUGAUAGGACGCGGCGCCUUCGGGGAGGUGUGCGUGGUCAAACUGAAAGGCACCGACCGCGUCUAUGCCAUGAAGAUACUCAACAAGUGGGAGAUGCUGAAAAGGGCUGAGACGGCUUGUUUCCACGAGGAGAGGGACGUGCUGGUGUUUGGUGACCGCCGCUGGAUCACCAAUCUCCACUACGCCUUCCAGGAUGACAACAACCUGUACCUGGUCAUGGAUUACUACUGUGGAGGGGACUUGCUUACACUACUCAGCAAGUUUGAAGACCGACUACCUGAGGACAUGGCACGCUUCUACAUUGCGGAGAUGAUUCUUGCCAUUGACUCCAUACACCUGCUGAAGUACGUCCACCGAGACAUCAAGCCAGACAACGUGCUACUUGACGCCAACGGACACAUUCGCCUGGCUGACUUUGGCUCCUGCCUGAAACUCGGCGAUGAUGGCACAGUGCAGAGCAAUGUGGCUGUUGGCACCCCGGACUACAUUUCCCCGGAGAUCCUGAGAGCCAUGGAGGAUGGGCAGGGCCGGUAUGGACGGGAGUGUGACUGGUGGUCACUGGGUGUGUGUAUGUAUGAAAUGCUCUUCGGGGAAACGCCCUUCUACGCUGAAUCACUUGUGGAGACGUAUGGGAAAAUUAUGAAUCAUAAGAACUGUUUUGACUUUCCAAUUGAUCUAGGUUAUGAUGUCUCAGAAGAAGCAAAGGACCUCAUGAGACAACUAAUAUGUUCCUCAGAGUACAGAUUAGGGAAGAACGGCAUUAAAGACUUCCAGAGUCACUCAUGGUUUCAUGGUGUGGACUGGGAGACAUUAAGGGACAGUAAAGCACCAUACAUUCCUGAGGUCUCCAGCCCCACCGACACCAGCAAUUUUGAUGUGGAUGACUCUGAGACCAGAAGUCAGGAUGCCUGCCCACCUCCUGGUAACGCUGCCUUCACUGCUCUCCACUUGCCUUUCGUGGGAUUUUCAUUUACUCAGGGGAGCCAAAUAAGUGACAAAGGCUGCCUUUUGACCUUGCAUGCCACAUCAUCAAUCACGGUGACUGCCACCAUUGAUUCAUUAUCCUACGAGAGGCGGAUCAAAAUGCUUGAGUUGGAGAACAGAGAAUUGCUGCAGAAAGCAGACAGGAUAGAUGGCAGCACCAGUCCUCCCACUGGCGAAGAGUCACAAAAGAUGGCAGACCAGAUACAGAUACUUGGCAAACAGAAUCAAGAGCUCACAUAUGAGGUGACGUGUCUGAAGAGCGACUCUCUGAAGGUGACAGUGAAAUUGAUACUAAACUGAAGGACAUUUAGGCAGUUGAAGACCUCAGUCCAAGAGAAGGAGAACAUGGGAAGAGAAAUGGCAGAUUUACAAGAAAGACUAAAUUUGCAGACAAAAGAAUUACAAGAUGCCCUGUCCCAAAGAAAAUUAGCCAUGUCUGAAUAUAGUGAAGUGUCUGACAAGUUAACUGAAUUGAGAAAUCAAAAGCAAAAGUUGUCUCGACAAGUAAGAGACAAAGAAGAAGAGCUUGAGACAGCAAUGCAGAAAAUUGAUACCCUGAGGCAAGAUUUACGGAGAGCAGAGAAGCUCCGCCGAGAACUGGAGAGUCGGUCUGAUGAAGCAGAAGCAGAGGCCACCAAGGAGCGUAAGCUAAGGGAGCGCUCUGAAGAGUACACUCGCAGCAUAGAGGGAGAGCUGGAGAAGAUGCAGCAGAGACCUCAUGGCAGGAGCCCAUCUCUUAACUCUAUUGAAGCUUCACAGGAGGUCUCAAGAUUGAAGUCUGAUCUGGAGCGUGUGUGUGUGGAUCAGGAGGAGCGGGCACAGGAGCAAGCCUUGCGGCACACUCAUGAAAUGUCUGUCAUGAAAAACCAACUGGCUGAAGCAGAGUCUGUCAAGAACUCCUUGCAAAAUGAGGUGGGCAUCCUGACAAGGAAGGUGGAGCAAUUGAAGAGUGAGCUGGAGAAGAGAAUAGAGGAGCAAGAGGACUCUGUAAUGGAAGUGAAGCGUCGCCAUGAAAGAGAGAAGACCAUGAUGCUGGAUGAGAACAAGAAAUUAAUUGGUGAUGUGGAGAGGCUGACGGAAAGUUUGAAUAGGAUGCAGAGUGAGCGACGGUCAUUAGAAGAAGAGUAUGAUGACCUGAGAAAUAAGAAGGAGUCCAUUGCUCAGUGGGAGGCUCAAAUCACUGAGAUCAUCCAGUGGGUGAGUGAUGAGAAGGAUGCCCGCGGCUACCUCCAGGCUCUUGCCACACGCAUGACUGAGGAACUGGAGUCUCUCAAGGUCUCUGGUGUGGUGGGCAGUGGCUCCUCCGUCCUCACACCCUCAGAGAAGAAUUGGCGUAACAGGCGAUCUCAGAAACUAGACAAAAUGGAAUUAUUGAACCUUCAGUCGUCUCUCAACUCAGAGAUACAGGCUAAGCAAGCCAUAUCUGAAGAGCUCAGCAAAGUCCGUGCUGAACUGGUUGCUGCACAGAAGGACAUGCGUGAAUCCAGACAGCGCUAUGAGGGAAUGUCACGUGAGAACAUGCGGAAGGAUAAGCAGAUUCGGGAGUUGCAGACCCGCCUAGAAGCUGGUGAGGGCUAUUGUGGCAUAUUCCUGAGGGCGUGGGAGGGGUGGAGAAGGGUGUUGCUCUCCAGAGUGAGUGUUUGCAUUAUCAAGCACAUUGAGGAAGCCACCUUCAUUCCCUUCGGGACCACUCUCGACACCUUGAUGGUUAUGGAGCGACCAGCCUCACAGAUGUCCAUCCUAGAGCAGUUUUUGAAAGACAUGCCCCUGGGACGUGGUGGCUCACUGGAGUCCGAGGAAGGAGACGUGGAGGACAACAGGGCUCCUUCAGUCCCCUCCCUAUCCUCAUCACGGUCAUUUGUCAGCCAGCAGGAGCAGUUGGGUUCUCCAAACAUGGAGGGUCGCCCCCUGCCACCCCUGCCUCAGCCUGCCUCCAGCGUGCCGCCUGGUGUGCUACCCACCAUGGCCCACCAGCAGCACAGCUCGGCUGCCCUUGGUCUCUCAGGGGGCAGCAGCAGCAGUGGUGGGGGGCCGUCACCUCACAUGAUGAAACCAAAAGCCCACCAGUUCCUCGUCCGUACCUUCAGCAACCCCCUCAAAUGCUCUCACUGUACUUCCCUAAUGAUAGGCCUCACACGCCAAGGGGUGGUGUGUGAGGUGUGUGGGUUUGCUUGCCACACCACCUGCAAGGAGAAGGUGCCACAGAUCUGUCCAGUGCCUCUUGAUCAGACCAAACGACCUCUUGGUAUUGACCCAACUCGAGGCGUUGGCACAGCUUAUGAGGGCUACGUUAAGGUGCCCAAGCCUGGCGGAGUCAAAAAAGGGUGGUCCAGGCAGUUUGUUGUGGUGUGCGACUUUAAGCUCUUCCUUUACGACAUUUCUCCUGAGAGAAAUGCCCAACCUAGUGUGUGGGUGAGCACCGUACUAGACAUGAGGGAUGAACAGUUUGAGGUGUCUACAGUCCGGGACUCUGAUGUGAUUCACGCCAACAAGAAGGACAUCCCGUGCAUAUUCAGGAUGACCACAUCUUCCAUGGUUGGGGUGCGGCACCACACGCUAAUGCUUGCAGACACAGAGAAUGAAAAGACUAAAUGGGUUGUGGCACUCAAUGAGUUGCACAGGAUACUCAGGCGGAGCAAGCUACCCAAUAGACAGGUGUUCAGUGCCCAUGAGGUGGUGGAUGGCAGUGUGACGCUGUUAAAGAAUGCUGUGUGUGGUACUGUCAUCGACCCUGACCGGCUGUUGCUGGGAGCAGAGGAAGGUCUUUUCUGUGUUGAUGUUGACAACUGCGAAAUUGCCAGGAUAGGAGAUGGCAAGAAAAUCGUGAGUCUUGAGUACAUUGCAGAGGAGCAGCUGAUCAUGGUAAUAGCUGGAAGACAACGACAGGUCAAGCUGAUUCCUGUAAGGGCCCUUGGUGGGGAUGAUGUGGAGUGGAUAAAGGUUUCAGAAACAAAGGGUGCCAUUGCUUUUACCACUGGAAAGUUUAGAUCUCCCACUAGUCUUGCCUAUACCUACUGCUUGUGUGUAGCUGUUAAGAGACAAAUCAUUAUUUAUGAAAUUAAUCGAGCGAAAGGUCGACACAGACUCUUCCGCUCGAUCCUGCUGCCUCAGCCACCCCAGAGCUUGGACAUCCUGGGUGAGGGGCGGCUGGCUGUGGGCUUCCAGUCUGCCUUCACCAUAUACUCCAUACUGGGGGAUCAGCAUCCUCUGUCUUUAGUUCACCCUGAGAGUCAGUCAUUGAGCUUCCUCUCCAUGAAUCAGUGUGAGGCUCUCUGCUGCAUUGAGGUGACUAGAGGGGAAUACCUUCUGGUGUUCAACCUCCUGGCAGUGUAUGUAGAUGCUUCAGGUCGCAAAAGCCGAGAGAAAGAACUCAUGUACCCAGCCUUACCUACAGCAGUUGGUAAGGAUUUGAUCAAUUUCUUAACCCAUUCGCCCCGGAAGUUAGAAAACACGCACCGCACUCCAUCCGGGCGGACCGCGCGCACCAAGAUUGAAAUUAUAAGAACAAACGUGGAUUCCAAAGGUCGACCAAAGACCCGAAGAAAGUUCUCAAUGCGAGAAAACAGCAAAGCCACUCGCGCAACUGACCGCCGCAGCAAACUCAUCUCAGGACCCACCAACUUUAACCACAUCACCCACAUGGGUCCCGGUGAUUGCAUAGAAAUACAGCGCCUGGUUGACUUGCCAUCUCGCCGGAGCUCAACAGCCGAACAACGCACACAACCAACACAGUCUAUCCACAGGGUUCGCAGUAUGCUCCAGACCAGCGGGAAGCUUGCGCCCCCUCGGCUACCCCAGGGGCCUGAGCCUCCACGCCGCUCUUUUAGCCACCAACCUCUUCCCCAACCUCUUUAUACUAAUGUUCACAAUGGUAGUGGACCUCCACCUCCAAUGCCCAUGUCUAUACGGAGGCCAGGGAUUCCGCCACUGCCCCCCACAUCUGCUGCCCCCCAGCACCUUCCCCCCCAGCGCUCACCUGAGGAAGCACGCCACCAAAUCAUCCAUCAGCUGCAGGAGCAGGAGUGCGGCGACACCUCCCCUCGUCACUCCAUUGCUUCUAACACCAGCAGCAACUUGUCUUCACCUCCCUCCCCUGGCCGGCCGCCAGAUCACCACUCAUCCUCCUAUGAUUCCUAGGGUUGUGUCUGGCCUGGAGAGUAACUCUGAGCUGGUCCCUCACAGGCUGGGCCUCAUGGACCACCACAAUCCUGUGUUGAAAUUGGUGCAUUGAUUUAUUAUACAUUGGACUUUGUAGCACUCAUUGUAACACUCAGUUAAAAUAGAAUUGCUAUGAAAACAAAAAUUUCAUAUUUAGGCUAAUCAGGUUCGUGAAAUGUGGAAAUAUAUCAGAUAAAAUGUUUGUCACAAAUAUACAUUCAACCAUUUGUAGGGCAAAAAAGGAGAAAAAAAAUGGGGGUCACUAAUCAAAACAGCAGGACUUGUGGGUAUCCAGACCCAGGUAUGUGGUGACACUCACUGCACCUUGUGAUAGAGGCAAUACUUAAUCAAACACAUUUAUGAAAUGUAAAAAGUUAUAGCCUUUGUACAUCUUGAAGCAUUACCUCUCCUCUCUAACCGGCUACCAGGUACUGUAACUGAAAUGCAUUAGUACUUACAAAUAUAUAAUUUAUGGAGAAUAGCAAAGUAUUCUCAUGGGGAACAAAUACCUGGUUUUGGGACUUGUAAGUAAUGUUGAGGAAAGUCUGUAUUUUAUUUAUGAAUUGAAAUUUCUAUAGGUAAUGGGCAGCUAUGAAAAGGUUCAGGCUACCUGUUGGUGCUUUGAUUGUCUUAUGUCAUAUAUUGGAUGUAUGAAUUAUAAUUAUGUAUAACUCACCUUGUAUAUGUAAGAUCAUCUUUGUUGAGAUUCUACAAGAAUUGGAUCAUCCCCUGUUGUUUCAGGUUCCCUCAUAUACUGGUUGUCUUCUUCAAAAGCUUCUGCUAGUCAUUCUUUACUCUUAAGUGGAAACUCAAGCCCAAAGAAAUUGACUGGAUGAAGGUGAAAACUUGGGGUGGUGACAUAUGUGGGGGCCGAAUGUGAUUUGUGAUUGAUGUUUUGGGAGGGAAGUGGGGUAGGACACCAUAGCAAUACUGAAUAAAGUAGCUGUAAUAAAUGAUUACUGUGUUUGGCGAGGUGAGUCACUCAGGGCACUGGCUCGCUUAUGUGGCUGACUGUAAUAGAAUAUAUAGGUAAUAUCUGCCUGUCAAUUAGUGCGGCUGUCAGAAGGUAAGCAUUGUUUGGAAAUUGUGACUGAUGGAGUUGUGGCAUUAUGUGGGUAUUGAAGCAAUGUUCUCCCAUGGUGUGUGAUGUGAAUGGCAACAUGUCCUUAGAUUCUCUUAACACAAACUUAAUUAAUCAUCUUUGAAUUUGAUGGAAAUUGAGAUGAAUUUUUAUUAUGUUGUGGUAUCAGACUGCAAUAUUGGGAUUACAAAAGUUUAUUUUGAAAUUUAGAUUGGUUGAAGGUUCAUUGAUGUUUGUUAUGCUCAGAUAUCUUAUUAAACAGGAUAAUGGCAUUUUAUGAGUGAAUGAAUGUAAAUUUUAACCAACUUAAAGCUGGGUGCACAUGAGAAGGCUGUAGUCUUGUGGUCAUGCUGUCAGAAUAGAAUGUUUUGAAUCUGUGGUAGGAAAUUAAAGACAGUCAUUAACUGCUCCAGGAAGGACACUAUAGUCUGAGAAUCAUUCCUUCAGUGUGAUCUGUACCAGUCAUACUUCAGAAUUGUAAAUGUGAUGGUAGUAAAAGUGACUGGCCAUAUUCAAACAGUCAAAUUUCAUGUUUACAGUGGUGAAGUCGAGCCUUAUCAACUACCUAUGCUGCAGAUCCACUGAGUUUGUCUUAACAAUAUUUCAGUAACUAGUUUUGUGUUAGGCAACUUGCAUUAGUGGUCACAGUUUGAAAGUAAAUAAGUUUUCAAUUCAAGCUGUUGACUGAGUAUUUGGUGUGGUUGUGUUGAGACUCCUGCUAGGCAUCACUGCUGAAGCAUCAUGUUCAAAGGGAUUCUCCUUGCCUCUUCAGACUGGUCGGUCAGUCCUUCAAGUUUUGCAGUCAUCUCCAAAUUGCCGUGGCAUCUUGCUGAGGCUUUGAACACCAUGAUUCUGAUGCAUUGAACUGAUUUGUUGAUAAUCCUUCCUUCCCUUGCCCUCCUCACUUCCAAGUCUAAUGGUCAUGGAAAUGUUUUUUGACUCUUGUUUGUAACCGAGCAGUUAGAUAACAAUAGCAACUGAGUGACUGUUCAGGAACAAAGUAGCUGUAUGCAAAUUAUUCUUAGUUGCUUGUGUAUAAAAGCAAAUAAUUUUUUUAGUGUUCUUGCCAAUCCAAUGUGCAAGUCAUACCUCUGUUAUCUGUGACUUGCCAGUCUUGUCAAGGGUAUUUAAAAUAAUGUCCAGUAAUUUGAUAUAGAGACAGAACUUAACUUAGUACUUUUUUUAUGAAAGUAUGAGUACUACUAUGCUGUCAAGUUAUUUUUUCUUGUAAGUACAAUCUGUAAAUAUGCUCCCUUAGCGAUUAUGUUAAAAGAAAUCUAUGAAUACUGACGUGUACAUUCAUAUUUCAGCUCGUAUUGUAGUCAAUAAUUUAUGAUUGGAAUGGCUGCAUCACCGGCCCUGUGUAUAUUAGCUUUUGUAAAAUAGAUAUUUCUAGAAAUAUGGCAAUACUAUAAUGGGUGA